AUGGAGGUGGCACUGUUGUAUGACAUUAAGAAGGUGAAUCCAAAGAGGACCAUAGAUGUAGGGUCAUUCCAAGUAAACCCUGACGGGACACAAGAGAGGAGUAAGGUUCCUUUGGCAAAGUCAGAGAGCAACUUAGCGGAGUUCUCGGGACAGAAAAGGAGAUGGGAGAGGUUUGCUCCUAGGCAAGAAGAGAAAAAUCUGUGCAGACUUUAAAAAAAAAUCCAGGUUUGAUCUGAUGCUUACAAACGUUUGAAAUUUGCCUGGGAAAGUAUCGUAGAAGAGUAUGAAGAUGAAAUAUUCUCACUUAUCGCCCAAGAGGCAGACUAUCUAGCUGACAAGCUGUGCAGUGAAAAAUCAGUGGAUCUGGAGAACAACUGA